AACCAUAUAUUACACUCAUUCAUAAAUUCGAUCUAGCUCGAGAAACCCUAAAUUCCAUCUCUUUAAUAUUUGUGCAUCCCAAUGGAAUCCCUAAAAUGCAUUAUUUUUUGGGUUUUGGUGAUGUCGAAUUGGAGCAUAGUGUGCUUGGGAAAAGAUGGUGCGUUUGAUGAAAAAGUUAGAAUACAAUGUGGGUUCACUAGGUAUCCUACGUUGUGUGUCCAAACCUUGACAGGAUUAGGGUCCGGCGUUGAUCUCUUGUCUGCCCUUGUCAACACCACCGUCUCCCAAACCAAUUUGCCCACUUCCAAUUUCGAACUACUCUCCUCCCAUUUCAUCUCUCCUCAAGCUCAACAAGCCAGAAUCGCCAUCGACUAUUGCCAUGACCUGAUGAGUAUGUCGCGGAAAAGGCUCAACCAAGCCCUAGACGCCUUGCAAAAGUCGCCGGCCAAACACAAGGACGAUAUUCAGACGUGGCUGAGCGCCGCUCUCACGUUCCAGCAAACUUGCAAGGACUCAGUUGAAGCUCAUGCGGCAUCAAAUUUGUAUGUGAAUGAAAUUAAGAAGAAAAUGGACUUCUUGUCGGAAUUAGGCAGCAAUCCUCUGGCUCUGGCCAACCGGAUUGUCGGGACGGCCGGCCGUCGGCUUCUUGGAGAGGAAAGUUUUCCGAGGUGGCUGUCUGCCGGCGACCGGAGAUUGCUUCAGAGUACAGAAAUAAAAGCAAACGCGGUGGUGGCGAAAGAUGGGAGCGGCAACUAUAAAACGGUGUCGGAGGCGAUCGCGGCGGCGGGCGGAGGCCGAUUUGUGAUACAUGUGAAGGCGGGGACUUAUAAUGAGAAAAUUAAUACUAAUAAAGAUGGAAUCACGUUAAUUGGUGAUGGAAAAUACUCUACUAUCAUCACUGCGGGCGGCAGUGUUGGCAAAGGCGGCUCUUCUCUGCGUGGAUCUGCUACUUUUACUAUUACCGGCGACGGGUUCAUAGCGCGGGACAUCGGAUUCCAGAACACAGCGGGGCCGAACGCGGAGCAGGCGGUGGCGCUGACGAUCGCCUCCGACCGGUCGGUGCUGUACCGGUGCAGCAUUGACGGCCACCAGGACACGCUCUACGCGCUCUCCCUCCGCCAGUUCUACCGCGAGUGCGACAUCUACGGCACGGUGGACUUCAUCUUCGGCGACGCCGCCGCCGUCUUCCAGAGCUGCGGGCUCUACCUCCGCCGCCCCCGCGGCAGCGGCGCGUACAACGUGAUCCUGGCGAGCGGGCGGAGCGACCCCGGGCAGAACACGGGGUUCUCCGUCCAGAACUGCCGGAUCACGGUGGCGUCGGACUUCUCAUCGGUGCGGGGCUCCUACAAGUCGUACCUCGGCCGCCCGUGGAAGACCUACUCGCGGGCGGUGGUCAUGCAGUCCAACAUCGACGGAGCCAUCGCGUCGCGGGGCUGGGUCGAGUGGCCCGGCGCCGGCGGCGCCACCUACAAGUCGCUGUACUUCGCCGAGUACGCCAACAUGGGCGCCGGCGCCGCGACUUCCGGCAGGGUGAGCUGGCCGGGGUUCCGGGUGCUUGGGACGCCGGAGGCGGCGAAGUUCACGGUGGCGAAUUUCAUCGGAGGGAACUCGUGGCUGCCGUCGACGGGGGUGGCUUUUGUUUCUGGGCUUUGAAUUUGUUACUGCGGUUAAAUCUUGGUUUUGUGUGAAGUUGAAACCGAGGUUGUGAUUCAAGUCAAAGUUGGGACAGAAGAGUUGAAAGUUUAUAUAGUUAAGGAAGUGGGAGUUUCGAUCGCUGUAUUUUAAUCUCUUAUUACUUGCCAAAAUGCUUGUAAUGUGUAUCGUCUUUGACAAAAUAUGUAAAUGUAAUCUGCUUUGAUUUCUA